AAAACAGAAUAGGACCCAAGUAAAAACAUACGCGACACUGCGAGAAACCAGGCACGUUGGGAUUCACUACAGUGAGUUACCGAUGGACUCGUCGGCGUCUCAGACGCCAACCGUGAGUCAGCGCGACCAAUGGAUGGUCGAGCAUCGGAUUUUCCAGAUAUACGACUUCUUCGGCGGCCUUCCUCGGAAAGCCCAAUCCGCCAUGUUGGAGCUCCAGCGUGAGAAUCACAUGGAGUACCUAAUCAAAGGUCUCAAGCGACUCGAGCCUUCAUUUUCCGUCUUGGAUGCCAAUCGACCUUGGCUUUGCUACUGGAUCUUGCACUCGAUAGCGUUACUUGGGGAGUGUGUUGAGCCUGAACUAGAAGACAAUGUCGUUGACUUUCUUAGCCAUUGUCAGGAUCCAAAUGGUGGAUAUGGUGGCGGACCUGGACAGAUGCCGCAUCUUGCAACAACUUAUGCUGCAGUAAAUGCACUUAUUACCGUGGGUGGUGAGAGAUCUUUGUCAUCAAUAAAUAGAGAAAAAUUAUACAUGUUUUUGCGUCGAAUGAAAGACCCAAGUGGGCCCUUCAGGAUGCAUGAUGCAGGAGAAAUCGAUGUUCGGGCUUGCUACACUGCCAUCUCUGUUGCAAGUUUUCUUAACAUAUUGGACAAUGAACUGGUUCAGAAUGUUGGAGAUUACAUUGUAAGGUGUCAGACUUAUGAAGGUGGCAUUGCUGGGGAACCUGGUGCUGAAGCUCAUGGUGGGUACACCUUUUGUGGUUUCGCCACAAUGAUUCUGAUCAAUGAGGCUAAUCGUUUGGACUUGGCUGGUUUACUUGAUUGGGUCGCAUUUCGGCAAGGUAAGGAGUGUGGAUUUCAGGGGAGAACAAAUAAAUUGAUUGAUAGUUGCUAUUCAUUUUGGCAGGGAGGCGUGUUUGCACUGUUACAAAGAUUUCAUUCUACGCUUGAUGAACAACUUGCACUCCCGCAUUCUGGAGAAGGAGACUGCACCAAUGAUAGCCAAAAAACUGGCCUGAAUGCUUCAUGUCCAGUAAAUUUAAACAGUAUUGGCUAUAAUUUCAUCAAGCAACCUGCCGAAACAGAACCUCUUUUUCACAGCUUGGCUUUGCAACAAUACAUACUUUUAUGUGGGCAGGAUAUUGAAGGCGGAAUGAGAGACAAACCUGGGAAGGGCAGGGACUAUUAUCACACGUGUUAUUCUCUAAGCGGCCUCUCAGGAUGUCAGUAUAGCUCGGCAGAGGAUGAGGAUUCUCCACCAUUGCCUAGUGCGGUAAUGGGUCCUUAUUCCAAUCUCUUGGAACCCAUCCACCCUCUCUUCAAUGUUGUUUUAGAAAAAUACUAUGAAGCGCACGAAUUCUUUGCCAUGUCCUAAGCAAAUCUACUGUUAGGUUACUCAAUCUACAGGGCUGAGAUGUAUAAUUCAAAUUUCUUCCACCUACAAAUUGUUCCUGUUAGGUUAAGAGAAGUGAAUUAUGCUGAUGAUGAA